AUGAAACCAACUAAAUCUGAGCGCAACAGCAGUGACACUGGAUCAAGCCAUAGUGCAUCGGAGAGUAUAUUCAAACAGUCAAGUUUAGAUGUAUUGUCAAGACAAACGUCGCAUUCCUAUAGAGCACUUGGUAAUCGCUCUUUGGUGACUCCAUAUGCAAAGUGUCGUAAAGCAACCUCAGUAAAGCAGAAACAGACUAAAGAAAUGGUACAGACUACUCUACAACUAGGACAACGUCAACCUAGAUCUCAAAAGUGUAAGGAGUGUGAGAUGGAGUAUUCGAUUGGAUCAGCUGAAGACGAUCAAUUGCAUAAAGCAUAUCACAGACAAUACAUGGAUGGAAUUCGAUGGCGAGCAUCCAAAGGAAUGGUGCAAGUCAGUAUCGUAGACAAGGAACUUGGUGCCAUUCCAAGUGAUAUUCCCAAGACUGGAACUGGACAAGGAUUUGUAUGCUUGACACCAGAUGGACGAGUCAAGGGUUGUGUACUAGCUGAACCCAUUCACUACGCACAUGAGUCAAUAAGCGAUACCACAUAUUCCGAUGAGAGAGUGGAUGCCAUUUGUGGAAUAAGUCGCAUAUGGGUAUCAAAACUAGACAGAAGACAAGGCAUUGCAACACGAUUGUUGGAUGCAGUGCGUCAUCGGUUUAUUCUGGGACAAGUUCUUCCACAUCAACUGUUGGCAUUGUCACAACCUUCAAGUGCUGGUCGACUAUUAGCAAAUCAUUACUUUGGGAAUCCAUUCCGCGUGUAUCUGAUUGAAUAA